CCCUCGCCCCGAGUCACCCGAGGUGCCAUGUUUCAGGACGUAGUGGGAGUACUGGGAAAGAAGAACUAAAGACACAACAUAACUUGAGAUACAGGCUAAGUGGAAAAAAAUUAACCUGUCUCUGAGGUGACUAAAGGGGAAUAAUGGUGAUUUUGCGCCGGACUCGGCCGCCUGCUUCCGCCCCAACCAGCAAUGAAUCUUGACUCGCUCUCGCUGGCCUUGUCUCAAAUCAGCUACCUGGUGGACAAUUUAACUAAGAAAAACUACCGAGCCAGCCAGCAGGAAAUACAGCAUAUUGUGAACCGGCACGGACCUGAAGCAGACAGGCAUUUGCUACGCUGUCUCUUUUCUCAUGUGGAUUUCAGUGGCGAUGGUAAAAGUAGCGGUAAAGAUUUCCACCAGACUCAGUUUCUGAUCCAGGAGUGUGCAUCAUUGAUUACAAAGCCAAACUUCAUUUCAACACUGUCCUAUGCUAUUGAAAAUCCAUUGCAUUAUCAAAAGAGUCUUAAGCCAUCACCCCAUCUAUUCACCCAACUGAGCAAAGUUAUCAAAUUAAGCAAAGUUCAAGAGGUUAUUUUUGGUCUUGCUUUGUUGAACUCUUUCAAUCCUGAUCUACAAGUUUUCGCUGCUCAGUUUAUUAAACAGAAACUUCCUGAUCUUCUGCGCUCAUAUAUUGACGCAGACGUCAGUGGCAAUCAAGAAGGUGGCUUUCAAGAUAUUGCAAUAGAAGUCUUGCACCUCCUUCUUUCCCAUCUUCUUUUUGGGCAGAAGGGAGCCUUUGGGGUUGGACAGGAACAAAUUGACGCGUUCCUCAAAACAUUGCGCAGAGAUUUCCCCCAGGAACGUUGCCCUGUGGUGCUUGCACCACUCUUAUACCCUGAAAAACGGGACAUUCUAAUGGAUAGGAUCCUGCCUGACUCUGGAGGGAUAGCAAAAACCAUGAUGGAGAGUUCUCUUGCAGACUUCAUGCAGGAAGUUGGCUAUGGCUUUUGUACAAGCGUGGAAGAAUGUCGCAGUAUCAUCACACAGUUUGGUGUUGGGGAAGUUACAGCUGCCCAGGUUGCCAGAGUUUUGGGAAUGAUGGCUCGAACACACUCUGGAUUGACAGAUGGCAUUCCAUUACAGUCUAUUUCUGCCCCUGGAAGUGGAAUUUGGAGUGAUGGAAGAGAUAAAAAUGACGGGACACAGACUCAUACGUGGAAUGUUGAAGUUCUGAUUGAUGUGCUUAAAGAACUGAACCCAACCUUAAACUUCAAGGAAGUAACCUAUGAGCUGGACCACCCUGGAUUUCAAAUUCGUGAUAGCAAGGGCCUGCAAAUUGUAAUCUUCGGAAUUCAGCGUGGAUUAGGAUUGGAGGUUUUUCCAGUUGACCUCAUAUACAGACCUUGGAAACAUGCUGAAGGCCAGCUCUCAUUCAUUCAGUAUUCCCUCAUUAACCCAGAGAUCUUCUGUUUUGCCGACUAUCCCUGUCAUACUGUUUCCACGGAGAUCUUGAAAGCACCACCAGAGGAUGAUAAUCGAGAAAUUGCCACAUGGAAGAGCCUAGAUUUGAUUGAAUCCCUGUUGCGUUUGGCAGAGGUGGGCCAAUAUGAACAAGUCAAGCAGCUCUUCAGCUUCCCUAUCAAGCACUGUCCAGAUAUGUUGGUCUUGGCUUUGCUGCAGAUCAACACUUCUUGGCAUACUUUGCGGCAUGAACUCAUCUCCACACUUAUGCCCAUUUUCCUUGGCAACCACCCAAAUUCUGCUAUCAUCUUGCAUUAUGCGUGGCAUGGGCAGGGUCAGUCCCCUUCAAUUCGUCAACUCAUCAUGCAUGCCAUGGCAGAAUGGUACAUGAGAGGAGAACAAUAUGACCAAGCAAAAUUAUCACGUAUUCUAGAUGUGGCCCAAGACCUGAAGGCAUUGUCUAUGCUGCUGAAUGGUACUCCAUUUGCCUUUGUUAUUGACCUUGCUGCCCUUGCCUCUCGGCGGGAAUACCUCAAACUAGACAAAUGGCUCACAGAUAAAAUUCGGGAGCAUGGGGAGCCUUUCAUCCAAGCUUGCAUGACUUUCUUGAAGAGAAGAUGUCCCUCUAUCUUGGGUGGUCUUGCUCCAGAGAAAGACCAGCCCAAAAGUGCUCAACUUCCACCAGAGACCCUAGCAACAAUGCUAGCUUGUCUUCAGGCUUGUGCUGGAAGUGUAACGCAAGAGCUGUCGGAAACUAUUCUCACCAUGGUAGCCAACUGCAGCAAUGUAGUGAAUAAAGCCAGACAGCCACCGCCUGGUGUAAUGCCCAAAGGACGUCCCCCCAGUGCUAGCAGCCUGGAUGCCAUCUCCCCUGUGCAGAUUGAUCCGCUUGCUGCUGGGAUGGCAUCUCUCAGUUUAGGUGGCCCAACGGUUCCUCAUACCCAGAGUGUGCCUGGAUUUCCUCCAAACUUGAGUUCUGCUUUUAGUACUCCUCAGUCACCAGCAAAAGCAUUUCCACCGCUUUCCACACAAAGCCAGAACACACCUUUUAGCGGGAUUGGUGGGCUCUCUUCACAGCUUCCAGUAGGUGGUCUCACAACAGGUAGUCUGGGUAUCGGAACUGGAACCCUUGGCCUCCCUGCAGUGAAUAAUGAUCCAUUUGUGCCAAGAAAGCUGAACACAUCAGGACUGAACCAGCCCACAUUCCAGCAGAGUAAGGUGAAACCUUCUGACUUAUCUCAGGUAUGGCCAGAGGCUAAUCAGCACUUUAGCAAAGAGAUUGAUGAUGAAGCCAACAGCUAUUUUCAGCGUAUUUAUAAUCACCCACCCCAUCCCACCAUGUCUGUAGAUGAGGUGUUAGAAAUGCUACAGAGAUUUAAGGACUCUAACAUUAAACGGGAGCGAGAAGUAUUUAACUGUAUGCUGAGGAAUUUAUUUGAAGAAUAUCGUUUUUUCCCGCAAUAUCCCGAUAAAGAGCUCCACAUAACAGCCUGCCUCUUUGGAGGGAUAAUCGAGAAGGGAUUGGUGACCUAUAUGGCCCUGGGCCUGGCCCUGCGCUACGUGCUUGAAGCCUUACGAAAGCCUUUUACAUCUAAAAUGUACUAUUUUGGAAUUGCUGCAUUAGAUAGAUUUAAAAAUAGAUUGAAGGACUACCCUCAGUAUUGUCAGCACCUGGCUUCUAUUAGUCACUUUAUACAGUUCCCUCAUCACCUGCAGGAGUACAUUGAAUAUGGACAGCAAUCAAGAGAUCCUCCCGUGAAGAUGCAGGGGUCCAUCACCACGCCUGGAAGUAUUGCUCUGGCCCAGGCUCAGGCCCAGGCCCAGGCCCCAGCAAAAACGCCUCUCACUGGCCAGGUUAGCACUGUAGUCACCACCGCCACCACCACCACCACUGUGGCAAAGACAACCGUUGCGCCUGUGGGCAGAGUCAGCUUCAAGAAAGAUGUGCCACCUUCUAUUAAUACAACCAACAUUGAUACUCUACUAGUGGCCACAGAUCAAACAGAGAGAAUUGUAGAACCUCCUGAAAAUGUGCAGGAAAAGAUUGCUUUUAUCUUUAAUAAUUUGUCUCAAUCCAACAUGACUCAGAAGGUUGAGGAACUGAAGGAAACAGUGAAAGAAGAAUUCAUGCCUUGGGUUUCGCAAUAUCUCGUGAUGAAGAGAGUUAGCAUUGAGCCAAACUUCCAUAGUCUUUAUUCAAAUUUCCUUGACACUCUUAAAAAUCCAGAAUUUAAUAAAAUGGUUUUGAAUGAAACAUACAGAAAUAUCAAGGUGCUGCUUACAUCAGAUAAAGCUGCUGCUAACUUCUCAGACCGUUCAUUGCUGAAGAACCUGGGUCACUGGCUGGGGAUGAUAACACUGGCAAAGAAUAAACCCAUCUUGCACACGGACUUGGAUGUCAAAUCUUUGCUGCUAGAAGCUUAUGUAAAAGGACAGCAGGAAUUGCUGUAUGUAGUGCCAUUUGUUGCUAAAGUAUUGGAAUCCAGCGUAAGAAGUGUGGUUUUCAGGCCCCCAAAUCCAUGGACCAUGGCAAUCAUGAAUGUUCUUGCAGAGCUUCAUCAGGAGCAUGACUUAAAGCUGAAUCUGAAGUUUGAAAUUGAAGUGCUCUGCAAAAACCUGGCCCUUGACAUCAAUGAUCUAAAACCUGGUAGUCUCCUAAAAGACAAGGACAGGUUGAAAAACCUGGAUGAACAGUUAUCUGCUCCAAAGAAGGAUAUAAAACACACAGAAGAACUACCACCAAUUACUACUACCACUACUUCCACAACUUCAGCUACCAGCACUACAUGCACAGCUACUGUUCCUCCACAGCCACAGUACAGUUACCAUGAUAUCAACGUAUACUCCCUGGGAGGGCUAGCUCCACACAUUACUCUAAACCCCACUAUUCCCCUGUUCCAAGCCCACCCACAGUUAAAGCAGUGUGUGCGCCAAGCCAUAGAGCGUGCAGUUCAAGAACUGGUUCAUCCAGUAGUGGACCGCUCAAUUAAAAUUGCCAUGACUACUUGUGAACAGAUAGUGAGGAAGGAUUUUGCGCUGGACUCAGAAGAGUCACGCAUGCGUGUGGCAGCGCAUCACAUGAUGCGGAACCUGACAGCUGGCAUGGCCAUGAUUACCUGCAGGGAGCCCUUGCUGAUGAGCAUUGCAACCAACCUGAAGAACAGCUUUGCCACUGCGUUGCGGGCAGCUUCACCACAGCAGAGGGAGAUGAUGGAGCAGGCGGCAGCCCAGUUGGCUCAAGAUAACUGUGAGUUGGCCUGCUGCUUCAUUCAGAAAACAGCGGUGGAAAAAGCAGGUCCUGAAAUGGACAAGAGGCUGGCGACUGAAUUUGAGCUCCGAAAACAUGCCCGGCAAGAGGGCCGCAGGUACUGUGAUCCUGUGGUUUUGACUUACCAGGCUGAGCGUAUGCCAGAACAGAUCAGGCUGAAGGUUGGUGGUGUGGACCCAAAGCAGCUAGCUGUAUAUGAAGAAUUUGCACGGAAUGUUCCUGGUUUCCUGCCAACAAAUGAUUCAAGCCAACCAACAGGAAUCCUGGCCCAGCCUAUGAAGCAAGCCUGGGCAACUGAUGACGUGGCGCAGAUCUAUGAUAAAUGCAUGGCAGAGCUGGAGCAGCACCUGCAGUCUGUUCCCCACACUCUGGCCAUGAAUCCCCAGACACAAGCACUGCGGAGCCUUUUGGAGGCUGUCGUUGUGGCCCGUAAUUCUCGAGAUGCUAUUGCAGCCCUUGGAUUGCUACAGAAGGCCGUUGAAGGACUAUUAGACGCCACCAGUGGUGCAGAUGCGGACCUACUCCUCCGGUACCGUGAAUGCCAUUUGCUUGUAUUGAAAGCCCUGCAAGAUGGCCGCGCCUAUGGCUCUCCCUGGUGCAACAAGCAGAUAACAAGAUGCCUGAUUGAGUGUCGAGAUGAAUAUAAAUACAAUGUAGAAGCAGUGGAGCUCCUGAUUCGUAACCAUCUAGUUAACAUGCAACAGUACGACCUUCACCUGGCUCAGUCCAUGGAGAAUGGCUUGAACUACAUGGCAGUGGCGUUUGCAAUGCAGCUGGUGAAGAUCCUGCUGGUGGAUGAGAGAAGCGUGGCUCACAUGACAGAAGCAGAUUUGUUCCAUACCAUUGAAACUCUGAUGAGGAUAAAUGCUCACUCCAGAGGAAAUGCUCCAGAAGGGUUGCCACAGUUGAUGGAAGUGGUACGAUCCAACUAUGAAGCCAUGAUUGAUCGUGCUCAUGGUGGACCCAACUUUAUGAUGCAUUCUGGGAUCUCUCAAGCUUCAGAAUACGAUGAUCCUCCAGGCCUGAGGGAGAAGGCAGAGUAUCUCUUGAGGGAAUGGGUGAAUCUUUACCAUUCUGCAGCCGCUGGUCGGGACAGCACCAAAGCCUUUUCUGCAUUUGUUGGACAGAUGCAUCAACAAGGGAUUCUGAAAACUGAUGACUUGAUCACAAGAUUCUUCCGUCUUUGCACUGAAAUGUGUGUUGAAAUCAGCUAUCGUGCUCAAGCUGAGCAGCAACACAACCCUGCUGCAAACCCCACUAUGAUCCGUGCCAAGUGCUAUCACAACUUGGAUGCCUUUGUGCGCCUUAUUGCACUGUUGGUGAAGCACUCUGGAGAGGCUACCAACACAGUCACAAAAAUCAACCUGCUUAAUAAGGUUCUUGGGAUAGUGGUGGGAGUCCUUUUGCAGGAUCAUGAUGUUCGUCAGAGUGAAUUUCAGCAACUUCCCUACCACCGCAUUUUCAUCAUGUUACUGUUAGAAUUAAAUGCUCCUGAACAUGUCCUGGAAACUAUCAACUUUCAGACCCUGACAGCUUUCUGCAAUACAUUUCACAUCCUGCGACCUACAAAAGCUCCAGGUUUUGUUUAUGCUUGGUUAGAACUGAUCUCCCAUCGGAUAUUUAUUGCAAGGAUGCUGGCACAUACACCACAGCAGAAGGGUUGGCCCAUGUAUGCACAGCUCUUGAUUGACCUGUUCAAAUAUUUGGCUCCUUUCCUGAGAAAUGUGGAACUUGCCAAGCCUAUGCAAAUUUUGUACAAGGGAACACUGCGUGUGUUACUGGUAUUAUUACAUGAUUUCCCAGAAUUCCUUUGUGAUUACCACUAUGGAUUUUGUGAUGUGAUUCCUCCAAACUGUAUUCAGCUAAGGAAUCUGAUUUUGAGUGCCUUUCCACGUAAUAUGAGGCUUCCUGACCCCUUCACUCCCAACCUUAAGGUGGACAUGCUGAGUGAGAUCAAUAUUGCUCCACGGAUCCUCACCAAUUUUACUGGUGUGAUGCCACCUCAGUUCAAGAAGGAUUUGGAUUCCUAUCUCAAAACUCGUUCUCCGGUCACGUUCCUCUCCGACCUGCGCAGCAACUUGCAGGUAUCAAAUGAGCCUGGCAAUCGUUAUAAUAUUCAGCUGAUCAAUGCCCUGGUGCUUUAUGUCGGUACACAAGCGAUUGCACACAUUCAUAACAAGGGCAGCACGCCAUCCAUGAGCACCAUCACUCAUUCAGCCCACAUGGACAUCUUCCAGAACCUUGCUGUCGAUCUGGACACAGAAGGUCGGUACCUCUUCCUGAAUGCGAUUGCCAAUCAGUUAAGGUAUCCCAACAGCCACACGCACUACUUCAGCUGCACCAUGCUUUACUUGUUUGCAGAAGCCAAUACAGAAGCUAUUCAAGAGCAGAUCACCAGGGUCUUGUUAGAACGACUGAUUGUAAAUAGGCCUCAUCCCUGGGGUCUCUUAAUCACCUUCAUUGAAUUGAUUAAAAAUCCAGCAUUUAAAUUCUGGAACCAUGAGUUUGUUCACUGUGCUCCAGAAAUUGAAAAACUGUUCCAGUCAGUCGCACAGUGUUGUAUGGGGCAGAAGCAGGCACAGCAAGUAAUGGAAGGAACUGGAGCCAGCUAGAAGAAAUGAACUUUGUGGGGACGAUGCCAGCCUGGAGCUCUCUAUCAAGCUGACAGAAGAAAAUGGGUGGGUCUGCCUAGCCAUGGGGCUGCCUUCCCUCCCCCCCUCCUGGGCUUAAACCACAGGUCUUUUGGCCAGAAAUCUACGUGGGCAUGUUACAAAGUUGAAAACAAGUUUCUCACUCUUGGCCAAAAUUCAGAAGAUGCUGUGAAUAUAAUUUUGAACUAUUGUAAAUACACAGAACAGAAAUAUUUGUUGGAACUUUGGAUUUGUGCAUAUUGUGUUUCAAGAGAGGCACAUAAUAUGUGCCUGACCAGCGUAUAAUACAGUGGUGGCUGCUGAUGCCAAGCACUUGUCUGGGGCAGAUCUGCUCAUCUGACAUUCCCGGACUCCCAAAGAGUACGGAAAAGCCAGUUUAAAUAUUAUGUAACUUAUUUUUCUUGGGGUGGGACUUCUAAAUCACAAAAUUCUCCAAAAACAAAGGAUGCUCAAGAUCCUACAGAACAUUAAGGGGAAGGUGGGGGAGUUGGGACCCAGGAUGUUGCUUUUCCUGCAUCAGAUGCUGCCACCCGAGGCUGGCCAGUGGAGUCUGGUGCUCCUUGGCAGAGAGAAACCUCCAACCCCCCUUUGGAAGAGGGCUGAUCCUUUUAGCAAGAGAAACAACCUGGCCUAUAGAUUUUCUUUCUUUAUGCUUGUAAAUUUGGGAGGGGGGAGGAUGUGAAUCUGUUAACUGCUCCCCUGUGGCCACAAAGUUUGAGUUUGUAAAAAGAACAAAAAGGACCAAUACAGCCCAUUUUGUAAGGAUUUUGAAUGUUUUGUAAAUGUAUUGGUCCAUGUGUUGUAUUUUGUAGCCUUUCUAGUUCUCUUGGGCUUUAGUUCUCCCACUUCUUGUAUGUAUGCCUUCUGUAGUUAAACAUUAAAGUCAUGACAAGCA